AAAAAAAUUUAUAUAAAAAACAGUUCAUAAGUUCAACUGUAAUUGAGAAUGUCAAUCAAGAAAUAUAUUAAAGAGUACGAGAAUUAAAUUUGGGAACAAUAUGACGUUAAUGACUUUUUAUAAUUUAGAAGUUUGAUGAGAUGAUUCAUUUUAAUGAAACCAGGGUACUUUUCCAACACAUUGUAUUGUAUACGCACGCGAGGACAAUACAGUAUGCAGAAUACGUGUACAAAAAGUAUCACCUAUUUUUUUACAUCUCAAAACUGUAGUAAUUAUUAAUACCCCUCAUGCAAUUGUCAUUGUCAAUACUGUUCUGUAUUCACUACUGACGGGAAAUAUUUUCCCCGUUUCCACGAUGAUGUUAUUUAAAGUUGGCUAAAAUGUUGCUCACCAACCGAGCUUACCAACAAAAGCAAGCCAAACAUUUUCCAAAAGUUUUCAGCAUUCCAUGUGGAUGUUGCAAACAAUAUGUCGAGACACAAGGAUCUAAAGAACUUGGAUUUAAAUGAUUAUGAAGAUGAAUUUGAGGCUGAAGAAGAACUGACAGAAGAUCAGGAGGAGGCGUAUCGCGAAGCAAUUGAACAAGUACAAACAGCACUUGAAGGGACAAAUAUACCUUUCCAGGAAAUAAAGGACACUGUUUGGUACUAUUAUUUUGAUGUAAAUAAGUCUGUCAACUAUUUGCUUUCGAAGGCAAUCAAAGCCAAGGAAAAGGAUGCCAAAAAAACACCUGUAGCACAAUCCCAAACCAAGGAAAACAGCACCAAAGACGUUACAGCUGCUGUUAAAAAAGUUACCAUAUCCCAACCGUCUAACGCCCUUCGGAAAAAGCAAGUAAUACCUCAAACAACAAAAACAGAAUCCGAGCAUGCCCAAAUUCCCCAAAAGAAAGAGCCAAAGUUGCUGGACAUCCCAUCUUUGUAUGAAAAGGAACAUGAAAAACCAUCAAUCCACCUUGUCGUCAGUGGUCAUGUUGAUUCCGGUAAAAGUACAAUGAUUGGUAGACUAUUAUACGAAGUUGGUAUGGUAGAUGAGAGAUCUAUGCAAAAAUUAAAGCAAUCUGCUGCGAAUGCAGGGAAAGGUAGCUUUUCUUAUGCUUGGCUCCUUGACUCAACGGACGAAGAAAGGGCCCGAGGUGUCACCAUGGAUGUCGCUGACACUACUUUUGAAAGCUCAAAGCACAUUUAUCAGAUCGGCGAUGCUCCCGGACACAAAGAUUUUAUUUCAGGCAUGAUUGCAGGUGCUUAUUUGUCUGAUUAUGCUAUCUUAGUUGUUGACGCCUCGCCCAAUAAUUUUGAACGCGGAUUCUUUUCUAAUGGACAAACGAGAGAACAUGCUUAUUUACUUAGAGCAUUGUCCGUAAAGGGUAUCGCUGUUUGUGUUAACAAACUCGACACUGUUGAUUGGUCUUAUGAACGUUUCAUUGCCAUCAAAGAAAACAUUCUUGAUUUCCUGGUAAGCAAAGUUGGCUUCAAAGAGACUAUGGUUCACAUCGUUCCGGUAAGCGGACUUUCUGGUGAGAAUUUAAUAAAACGUGAUGAGCCAAAACUUCUGUCGUGGUACAAUGGUCCUACUUUGAUGAACAUUUUGGAUGAUUUUGUCCCUCCAACAAAGCCUGUAAAAGCAUCGUUACGAAUCACAGUCAAUGACACGUAUCGCUCCGCUAAAGGCGUAUGUGUACAAGGAAGAGUUGAAAGCGGAAACGUUCAGAACAAUCAGGUACUGUUUAAUGUUUCUACAAAUUCUGAUGCAUACGUGAAAAGUAUCAUUCGCAAUGGUCAUCCACAUGAUUGGUCCGUUGCCGGAGACAACAUUACAAUGCAACUUACUGAUAUUGAUGCUAACGAAAUUCGUCCUGGUGACAUCUUAACUACCACUUCUCAACCUGUAAAAAAGACAAAAUCUUUCAUCGCGGAAAUUCAGACUUUUGACCUAUUAAGGCCGAUUCUUUCUGGCGCAACGUUGGUCUUGCAUAGGGGACGUCUAAGUGCUCCGGUUGUCAUUAAACUCCAAAGCGUUAAUGGAAAGAAGGUCAGACAUAUUACUAGCCGAAAGACAGCCAUCGUUAAGUUCACGUUUUUGGAUGGCUCAUAUCCAAUUUGCACGGUCGAUGACUGCAAGACCCUCGGUAAAAUCAUCUUAAGACGAGAGGGUGAUACUGUUGCUGCCGGUGUCAUCAGAAAGGUUUAAUAACUUUACUAAGCGGAAUGUCACAAAAUGCAUUUAAUUAUUAAAACUUUCUAUAAACACAGAAAAAAAGGAAGUAUAUUAAAUAUAGAAGAGGGAAGAAUAGAAACGCGGUUAAUCAUAGUAGUCGUACAAUGGGUUAAACUGUCAAACGAUGGAGAACAUAUACAAA